CCUCCCUCCGCCCCCGGAGGCUGGCCGCAGUUUCCCCCUCGGCUGCGCUUAUAACCCGGGCUCCGGCCGGUCUCGCAGAGCAGGCAGGAGGCUCGCAGCGCGGCCCGGCCGGCAUGACGGCCCAGCGCACCUCGGGGCUCGUGCGGCCCCUGCUCAGCGGCCUGCGCGCCCGCAGACGGCCCUUGCUCUGUGCCCGCGGGGCGGCCGAGCAGAGCCACUGGCCGCCUGAGCAGGGGUCGGGGAGGGGCCUCGGCUCCUCCAGGCAGCUCCGGGAUGUCCCCGGGGAAGCGCGCUCUGCAGACCAGGUGACGGUGCAUUUUAUAAACCGGGAUGGAGAGAAACUCACCGCCACAGCCAAAGAAGGGGAGACGUUGCUGGAAGUGGUUGUCAAUCAAAACUUGGCCAUUGAUGGAUUUGGUGCAUGCGAAGGGACACUAGCCUGCUCCACCUGCCACCUGAUUUUUGAGAGAGACGUCUUCCAAAAGCUGGAUGCCAUCUCAGACGAAGAGAUGGACAUGCUGGACUUGGCCUAUGGACUCACUGAGACAUCUCGCCUUGGCUGCCAGGUGUGCGUUAAGAAGUCGAUGGAGGGUCUGACAGUGCAGGUCCCAGUGGAGGUAUCCGACAUCAGGAGGGAGCUGGAAGUUGGGAAGCAAAGCAAACAGUAACCAGAAACAAAUCCUGCGCAACCCGCGCCCCUCUUUUUGGUGUGUGGUGGCACUUUGCCUUUGGUUGGCUCCAGCUUUGUGCCUAGCUUGCAGCAGGCAGUGGAGGUCUGAUUCAGCAUGUAUGACUGUUCAGCAAAUCUCUUAUUUAAACAAAGCUUAAUAUUAGGGUCUUCAGUACAUGCUUUAAGUUAAGUCAGUGCUUAAGUGCUCUGCUGAAUACAAUUGGACUAAAGCAUAUGGCUUCACAUUUUCCUGGGUGGGUGACAGUAAACAUCCGUGCUAUGUGUGAUUCACUUUCUCCCUCUAAAACUAAGGAUGUGCUAUUCUAAUUGCUGGGAAUUUUGCUGGGCUUGGCUAUUCGACUGCAGAGAGACUUUUUUUCCCCCAAUUUAAGGCACGGGAAGAGGUGGCUCUCCCACAUACAUGACUGUGUAUCAGCACUGGAUUGAUGACAUAGGCUUAGUCUGAUCAGCAAGAAUAUACUGAUAACCAUUUGAGUGCUGAUGUUUCCUGCAGGAGGGAACCACUUCCUAUGAAUGUGAGAUAUUAUAUGUCACUGAAUUAUGUGCCAUGAGUUGCUAUUUUUUCCAAAUCUUGAAUUUUCUCAUUUCUGUAGUACCAUAUAUGUCAAAUAAAAUUCUAAUAAUCAGGUCUUUAGACCUA